UCCAAGGCGUGUCAGACACCAGGAGGUGUCGCACGGAAGACCCCUGCCCCCACCGGGGUAUCUUGAUCUCUUCAGAAGCUGACCUCUGACCUGGGGUCAGCCAAAAGUCCAGGCACCCCACCCCCCAGCCUGGGCCCAGUGUCCCCCAUCAGAGUCUUGGCUCUUCUUAUGGCAUCUGACACCAGAGGGGCUGAAAAUAGCCCUGGAGGAGGGGAGGAGGGGCUAUUUAAAGGACCUGGAAGGAGCAGAGGGGGUGAGGCUGAUCAUGGCCACUUCAGAGCUGAGCUGCCAGGUGUCUGAGCAGAACUGUGAGCGCCGGGAGGCCUUCUGGGCUGAAUGGAAGGAUCUGACACUGUCCACGCGGCCUGAGGAGGGGUGCUCCCUGCAUGAGGAGGAUGCCCGGCGGCAUGAGACCUACCACCGCCAGGGCCGGUGCCAGGCGCUGGUGCAGCGGUCCCCCUGGCUGGUGAUGCGCAUGGGCAUCCUGGGCCAAGGGCUGCAGGAGUACCUGCUGCCUUACCAGCGGGUGCUGCCGCUGCCCAUCUUCACCCCCACCAAGGUGGGCGCCGCCAAGGAGGAGCGCGAGGACACCCCCGUCCAGCUGCGGGAGCUGCUGGCCCUGGAGACAGCCCUGAGUGGCCAGUGCACGGAGCGGCAGGACAUGGCGGAGAUCACCAAGCAGCUGCCCCCUGUGGUGCCAGUCAGCAAGCCAGGCACCCUUCGCCGCUCUCUGUCCCGCUCCAUGUCCCAGGACGCACAGAGAGGCUGAGGGGCUGUGUCUCCCUCUUCGCUGGGCUGGGCCCUUCCUGGCUAGGACCAUGGGGGGGAGCUGCUGGCCUUGGAUGCUUUGUAGUUUGCCCAAAGUUGGGGGCUAGGAGAGGAGGGAGCCAGAGGCCAGGAUGCCUGGUUCCCCUGAGUUCCCAAAAGGAGAGGAGCGAGGACGGUGGGCACGAAGUGUGGGGAGCUGGGCCCGGCACCGCUGACAGCCCCCGCCCAGGAGAAGGGACAAAGUGCUGAGGAGGAAACGAGGUGCCUGAGAGGGCGACCCCGCUUCCGAGGACAAGGCGGAGUGUGCGGGGAUGGGAAAGGCCCGGAGAGGCUUGGAGACCAGCGGGAGGGGGAUGUGAAGAGGGCAGAGGCGGGUGCAGCCCCCAGCACCCUCUUAGCGCUGCAAUAAAUGCUCAAUCGUGUUCC